AGGGCCGCGGAAUACAAGCUCGGGCGACUCUGGCUGCGAGCUCCAGGGAACGGUUUGUGCGGCUUGGCUGUGCUCCUUUCGAGCCAGUGCGCCAUGAGCAGCGAGUUCCUGUCAGAGCUGCACUGGGAAGAUGGGUUCGCCAUCCCCGUGGCCAAUCAGGAAAACAAGAUACUGGAGGACCAGUUAUCAAAACUACAGAAGGAAAAAUCAAACUUGCAAGAUCAGCUUCGUGACUAUGAAGAUCGAAUUAAUUCUAUGACUUCUCACCUUAAGAAUGUUAAUCAGGAGUUUUCAUUUACACAGUCUCUUUACAAAGCAAGGCAGCAUGAAAUCGAAAGUGAAGAGCAUUUUAAGGCCAUUGCUGAAAGAGAGCUGGGACGGGUCAAGGACGAGAUCCAACAGCUGGAGAAGGAAAUGGAGACCAUCCAGGAGCGCAGGAACGAUAAGGAAAAUCUCAUAUUUAAAGCUACUCAAAAGCUGGAUGGCUUAAAAUGCCAGAUGAACUGGGACCAGCAAGCACUGGAGGCCUGGUUAGAAGAGUCCGCUCACAAAGACAGUGACGCUCUCACCCUUCAGAAGUACGCACAGCAAGAUGAUAACAAAAUCAGGGCACUGACCCUGCAGCUAGAAAGGCUGACCUUGGAGUGCAACGAGAAAAAGAAGCUUCUGGACAGCGAGCUAACAGAAACGCUCAGCGCACAGUUAGAGUUGGAUAAGGCGGCGCAGGACUUCCGGAGGAUUCACUUAGAACGCCAGGAGCUCAUCCAGCAGUGGGAAAACACCAUUGAGCAGAUGCAGAGGCGGGAUCAGGAGAUAGAUGACUGCGCCUUGGCAUUAGCGCGCAUAAAGCAGGAAACAAGGGAAAAAGAAGGUGUGGUGAGGGACAAGAUCAAGUUUCUGGAGAGUGAGGUUGGGAACAAUGUAGAAUAUGAGAGAAGAAUUGCUGUUGCCGAGCGUAAAGUCUUAAAGUGCAGGAUGGAAUACCAGCGGCACGAAGCCAGCAGAAGUCAACUAAAGGAUGAGCUGGAUACUUUAAAAGCCACUCUCAAUAGAACUUCCAGUGACUUAGAAGCUGUGAGGAAAAACAUUUCCAAAGUAAAGAAGGACAUUCAUGAUGAAGCAACAAAAUUACAAAAAUGUAAAAGUUACAACGAGGUGGUAAAGGAUAAAUUAAAGAUGAUAACUGCGAAGGCCAUAUCUAUUGAAGAGAAAGCUACCAACAUGGAAGACAUGCUGAAGGAGGAGGAGAAGAGCGUGAAGGAAGUGGAGUCACAACUGAACAUAGUGAAAGACGUGCUAUUUAAGAAAGUUCAGGAAUUACAGAGGGAGACAACGAAAGAAAAAUCCCUGGUAGCAGAAAUCGAAGGAACCCGCUCCUCCCUGAAGCAUCUUAACCAGCGGUUACACAAACUGGACUUUGAGACCCUGAAGCAGCAGGAGAUAAUGUACAGUCAGGAUUUUUACAUUCAGCAAGUAGAACGCAGAAUGUCACGGUUAAAGGGAGAAAUUAACUCAGAGGAGAAGCAAGCCCUUGAAGCAAAAAUUCUUGAACUGAAGAAGACACUGGAUGAGAAAAAAUCCACCCUUUCCUUGUUGGAAGCACAGAUCAAGAAGCUCCAUAAUGACCUCUACUUCACUAAGAAGUCAAACAGCAAAAACAAUGAUGAGAAACAGUCUCUCGUGAAUAAAAUAAGUGAACUGCACCUUUUCGUUGAUAGAUCCGAGAAGGAACUGAACAAAGCAAGAGCUAUAAAACAGGAUUUGAUGAUCGAGGACAAUCUCUUAAAGCUCCAAGUUAAACGCACUCGAGAAAUGCUUCACAGCAAGGCAGAAGAAGUCUUUUCCCUGGAGAAAAGGAAACAGCAGCUGUACACAGCCAUGGAAGAAAGAGGUGAAGAAAUUAAGGUGCACAAAUCCAUGCUUGCCUCACAGAUCAGAUUUGUUGACCAGCAGCGACAAACUGUGAGUGCUGAAUUUCAUGAGCGGCUAAGUAAAAUUGAUAAGCUUAAGAACAGGUAUGAAAUUAUCACUGUUGUUAUGCUGCCUCCUGAAGGAGAAGAGGAGAAAACACAGGCCUAUUAUGUAGUAAAGGCUGCUCAAGAAAAAGAAGAACUUCAAAGGGAAGGUGACAGCUUGGAUGCUAAGAUCAACAAAGCUGAAAAAGAAAUCUAUGCUCUGCAAAACACCUUGCAAGUACUGAACAGCUGCAACAACAAUUAUAAGCAAUCUUUCAAAAAAGUGACCCCGUCAAGUGAUGAGUAUGGAUUAAAAAUUCAACUAGAAGAACAAAAAAGGGCUGCAGAUGAGAAAUACAGAUACAAACAAAGGCAAAUCAGAGAACUUCAAGAAGACAUUCAGAGCAUGGAAAAUACUUUUGAAGUUAUAGAACACUUAGCAAAUAAUGCCAAAGAGAAAUUAUCAGAGAAACAAACCUAUUCACUUCAACUUCAUAAGGAGAUUGAGGAGCAGAAGCCAAAAAUAGAACGAAUAACUAAGCAGUGUGGAAGACUCAGAAGAGAAAUUCGCAUUUUGAAAGGAACAAACGAUGAAACACUAGAAGAACAAGACAUUAAACUCCGUGAGAUUAAACAGUUUCACAAGGACAUUGACCAAAUGUUAGUUAAUGUCAUGGAAAAUGAUGAAAUCCACAUCAUUCUUAAAACAUAUUUUGAGCAGAGUGGCUUAGAACUACCUACAGGUAAAGGCCUGAGCUCUAGAGCUUCUUCACAGUCUUCAGUUGCAUCAGUCAGGCCACUUGAGGGCCCACGCUCCCGCACCUCUCCACCUACACCUACGGCUAGAGUGGUGCAGCUCAGCUUCCCGGAAUCUCCCUCAGGGAGCAGCAGUUCCAGGCCAUCGAGCAAUGGCAGUAGUUCCAGCAGUCGUAAAGGAAGGAAGCCCAACAAAUAAAGCAUGUUUUUAAAUAUCUUGUACAAAUGUGAACACAAAUGAAAAUCUCAUUAGCAGUUAAGUCUCCCUCUUUUUCUGGGGUUCCAUUGAUUAAAGAUACAGGCCUACUAAAAUAGUACCAAAAGUACAGGCCAGACAAAGUUCUGCACAGUGGCUAUAAAAGCUGUCCGAGAAAAGAACAAAGGCAGUUUAUAGAGAAGGAAAAUUGCAGAACCUUCGGCAGGCCGCAAGUGAUAAAGCAUUGAUCUCUAUAGCGUUAGAUGUUUUAUGAAGUAACACACUUACA